CUGCGUAACGGCCCUCUCGAUUCCGUACACUAAGAUGGCGGCGCCCACGCUAUUUUCCCCAGCAUGCGUAUAGGAUGUGCCCGGCCUGCUAGGGUACACCCUUUUCCCGGCAGGCGUCGCGCCUUUCUCCCUCCCAGAGCAGGGUUCCGUACGCGAAGAUGGCGGCGCCCGGGAGCGGCCCCGCGGGGCGGCUGGUGCAGUACGUGGUGCUGCGGGGGGACCUGCAGCCAGCUGGCUCCCCAAGCACGGAGCGGGAGCCUGCUUGUAACCAUGAACAUUCACCAGCUCUGGAUGAGGGUGCCUUGACAACGUUAGCUGAGACUCUGCAGCAACACAACAUCGAUCAUAAAGUGUGGAUAGAGCAGCCAGAGAACAUAACUACUUGCAUCGCACUUAGACCCUACCCCAAGGAGGAAGUGCACCAACAUUUGAAGAAGUUCAAAUUGCUCAAGUGACCUUCACCGUGGCUUCCCAUUACAGAUCCUCACCUUCAUCCAGUCAUACAGACUUAACCAGACCAUAUAGCUUUCUUGGCUGCAAAACAUAGACACAAAAGCCGCAUGUGUCCGGAAAGCAUCAUUUUAAGAUGCAUCUGUUGAAGAACCUUUUUACUGCAUGUUGCUGGCAAUUUUAAGUUGUUAAAGCCAAAAACCUUCAAUGAAGAUGAUGACACUCCUUUAACUUUCAUGGAAAGGAGUUUUGGUGGAAUGUAUGAAUGUAGCUUAUUCCAGAAUAAAUAUUCACUAACUGG